AAUGAUGACUUACACUUCUAUACAUAUGGACACAGAUGCGGAACGUUUAUAUUACGAGUUAUGUUACCGCAAAGCAGCAAGACGAAUUGCGUGGUCAACACAGAAUAUAAUCGCAUGGUCACCACCUUCUAAUAAUAAUUUAGAUACUAGAUUUUCACGCUUUUCUCCAAGUAUUGGAGCCUUCAGUCCAUGUAGAACUUCUUCUCUUGAUGUCAAUGGUCCCGCAUGGUCUUUUACAAAUCAUGAUAAUUUAUUUCCUUUUGAUCGUGUAGAAAGUCAUCAUAGAUUCGGAGAUGAUAUUACAGAUUUAGUAUGGAAUCAGACAGGUUCUGCUUUAGCAUCUAUAGAUCAAAGAGGUAAAAUAGCGAUAUGGACCAUGAAUAAUUUUGUGAAUCAAUGGAAAUGCAUCUGUAAUGUCAACCUUGGAGAAAAUGUAAUUGAAUUUACGUGGUUAGAUAGUGCACGAUUGUAUUCACGUGUUUCUAAAGCGCAUUCAGCCGAGUCACUUUAUAAACGGGGUUCAUUUAAAGGUCCUCGGAAUCAAUUUGGUGAAUUCGCUUUCAUAACUGUCACGACUGAUGGAAAGGUUGCUGUUUGGUACCAGAAAGGAAAGAAAUUUCUUUCGAAAAUUAUUUCCCACUUGCGCUAUCCUUCAAAACGAAUAUCACAUGCUGAUAUAGUGCUUAGCGAUGGAAAUUAUAUAUUAGCUACAUACAGUCCUGAAUUUCUGCCAAAACUAGUCAUGUUUUACGAAAUCAAAAUUGACAUGCUUUCUUUACAAGUCGAUUGUCAGCCUAUCGCUAAUGUUCAUCUCGCUACUCCAAUUAGUGACCCCCCUUUAUUCAUUGAACGAUCUCCAGUAUUGCACUUGAAACUAAUAUCAAACACGCAAUCUCAUGGAAUCCGACUCAUAAUUAUAACAGCCGAGAAAGCAGGGUCUAACGUUUUCAAUAGCAGCAUUGCUAUGUGGGAAAUUAAUAAAUCCACACCAACAUCAAUUGAUUCUUCAGAAACUGCAAUGAAAAUUGAUAUACCACCACCGAAUGUUCGAUUCAUCGUUUGCGAACAAUUGGAUCAUAAAUUGGUAACAAAUAUUUGGAUACAAGAAAACGAACUCUUCCUUGGGUUUAGUGAUGGUCAAGUUCAGUUUCGUCACUACGACACUUUAAAAAUUCUUCCAGGAGAAAGACAUGUUAGCAUAAAAUAUUUUCAAGAUUACAAUUUUCCAAAAUACAGUACUUGGGUUCCUUCAAAUUAUACGGCUUGUACAGACGCAAUCAUUGAAUUUGCCACUUCACCGAAUGGAACGUUACUUCUUUGCAGAAGAGCGUCCGAUAAACUUGAUUGUUUGGACAUAGCUGACGCAUUGGAUCAAAACAUCGACUUGCUAGCUCAGAUUUGUGUUGCAUCAUCUUGUGCAAAUAAACUGACAUUAUCAAUAUUAAAUAAUAUUGAUCAUUCGGAUUUAGAGAAUAUAAUAAAGAAAUUUUCCGGUGAUCAAGUUGAUCAAGAUGAUCAAGGAGGUGUAUUUCAACUUAUUCUUAAAGAAACGUUUAAAAAUUUAUCGAACGUUUUUCCAGAUGGGUUGGAAACAACAGCGUCUUCAGAUUUUCUAAGCAGGCUGUUUGGAAUACAACUAUCAUUAUUAAAAUCUUGUCGACGGGAUAAUAUUACUUAUUUAAAUACAUUAUACUUUAUGCACUUACGUGCUUUAGAAGCAAUAUUUCAAAAUAGCUUUUCUUCUGAUGGUACAUUUUCUCCAGAUUCCGUUCAGUCACUUUUAUCUCUCACUUUCUGGGUUAUGGAUUUUUCAGUUUAUUUUAUUAAAGAUACGAAUAAUUAUAAACGCGAUGAAUACGCUAAUUCUUUAGCAAUAAAUAGUCCCAUUGAUUUUCAGGAUAUGAAUAGAACUCUUCAGUAUUCAUUUGAAUCCUGGCCGCUUAAAUUAGAAUCUUUAGAAUCAUUUAUAAAUGAGGCCGGAUCUAUUAUUGAUAAAUCAAUGAAAGAUCCGCAAGAUCCGCAAUUGACCAAAUAUGUAAUGUUUUUCGAUUCUAAACUUCAAAAAUCAUUGCACGGAACUCUUCGGGACUUGGAACAAAUAUUUAUAAAAAAUUUCACCACAGAGAAUAAUGUUAAUUUAUAUGUUUAUGAUACUAAAUGGAUCUCUUCAGAAUCUGUCGAUAUAAUUUUAAAAUCACGUACGAUUAAAGAUCGUGUAUGUACAAGAUGUGGUCAUUAUUCAGCGACAUCUGAUAUACAACGUACACGAUGGGCAAGAAGUUAUACUAGAUCUUGUAUUUGUGGUGGGCUUUGGAUAUAUAUUAAAGAGAAUAAUAGAUCAAUUUAA